AUGGUUUUAUCCGGGGAACUACGAGACUAUUUAACUUCAUUGUAUUUCAACCCCGAAAAACCGGGAGCAUUCAGAAGUCCGCUUCAGUUAUGGCGACAAGUGAAAAAAGAAAAUAAGUAUAAGAUCGGGCUACCCAGAAUUAAGCAAUGGUUACAAAAUCAAGAUGUCUAUUCAAUAAACAGAACCGUACGUCGUCGUUUUAAGAGACCACGGGUUUUCACGGGUGGAAUAAAAGAUCAGUAUGACGCCGACUUAAUGGAUGUCGGAUUUCACUCCAAAGAAAACGAUGGAAUCAAGUAUUUAUUGGUUGUGAUCGACGUGUUUACUCGUUACGUGUGGCUAUGCGCACUGAAAAAUAAAACGAGCUCCAAUGUAUUAAAAGGUCUCAAAAAUUGUUUUCAAAACUUGGGUUUUCCUCGCAAAAUAAGAACAGAUGCCGGAAAGGAAUUCACGGCACAUCUCGUUCAAAAUUAUUUAAAAUCAGUCGAGGUUACACACUUUACUACUCAAGGAGAAUCGAAGAGCAACUUUGUGGAACGCGUAAUCAGAACACUGCGCAGUUUAAUGCACAGAUAUAUGAAAAAGACGCGUUCGUUUAGAUAUAUUGAUAAACUACAGACAUUGGUAACGAAUUACAACCACACCCCUCAUAGAUCGCUGGGUUAUAAAGCACCGAGUGAAAUUAAUGAGACUAAUGAAGUCGAUCAAAUUAUUUUGCAAUAUUUUAAAUCUCCUGUCAAGCGGAAAAUAAAGAAAGUAUCAAAACUGGCCAAGAAAUUGCGAUCGUCUUUUCGAUUUAAGGUGGGUGAUACUGUGCGCAUAUCGCAUUUGAAACAUGUGUUUGAACGCAAAUUCAUGGAGAAAUUUACUGGUGAAGUGUUUAAGAUAAAAUCCCGAUUUUUGAAACAAAAUAUCCCAAUGUACAAGCUACAGGAUUUAAGAAACGAAGAUCUGACGGGUAGUUUUUAUGAACAAGAACUACAGAAAAUAGAAAAACUGGAAGACACAUUGUGGGAAGUGGAAAAAAUAUUGCGUAAAAGACGUCGAAAUAAUCAGACUUAUGUUCUUAUUAAGUGGUUGAAUUUCCCUCGAAGUUUUAAUAGUUGGAUGCCAGAGAGCGAAGUACAAGAGCUGGUUUAA